AUGACACAUUGGCAGUGCAGGUGGGCCCUGCCCUGGGCCAUGCUCCUGCUUCUCUUAGGUUUCCAGCUCCUGGUUACUCACAGAUGGAAUUCCCAAGAGGAGAAAGACAGUGACACGGAAAGUCAUUUCCCUGCCACUGUGGAAUAUGCCUUACACAUAUUCAACCUGCAGAGCAAGGAUAUGAAGGCCUACAGAUUGGUGCGCAUCCUGAAUUCCUGGAAGGACCAGGUAGAAGACGACCUGGCGUUCUCCAUGGAGCUGGAGCUUCGCAGAACCGAACAUGGGAAAUUUGAUGAAGACAUUGACAACUGUCCCUUUCAAGAAAGCUCAGAGCUGAACAAUACUUUCAACUGCUUCUUCACCAUUAGUACUGUGCCCUGGGGAACACCCUUCUAUCUCCUGUACAAGACCUGCUUGGAGGGCUUCCACCGAAUGAUACCAUACCUUGCCUGGCUCUGA